UGGGAGCGUGUGCGCGAGGGAGCGUGCAUUUGAGCCAGCAACCUUGCGCGCGCGCGUGUGUGUGUGUGGCCGUGUCUGUCUGUCUCUCCGUCUAUGGGUGCGCGUGCAUGUACGCUCAGUUCUUACUGCACACUUGACUACCUCUCUCUCUCUCUCUCUCUCUCUCUCUCUCUCUCUCUCUCUCUCUCUCUUUCUCUCUCUAUCUCUCGCUCUCUGGGGCUCGUGCUCGACGGUCGGCGGUGAGGUAAGGCUGAAGUAUGGUAACUGAGUGAAUAAGGGGUCUCAGAGGAAGCAGAGACUCUCGUGCAGCUCUUCACUCGCUCCGAGAGAGAAGAAGGAAGAGCAGAAGAGCGAGGGAAGAGGGACGAGUGCAGGAGGGAGAGGAGGAGUGUGUGAGGACAGUCGAUGGAUGCUGCCCGGAUCGACGGGACAGCACAUUCUCAUCUGACGAGGAAAAGAAAGCCGGCAAAAUUGAGUCGAAGGACAGAAACUCGCCGUCAGGCAUGGUGUGUGAGAAGGGGAUUCAGAUCCUCCUCACCAUCGUGGGGGCGUUCGCCUCCUUUGGCCUGAUGACGGUGGCAAUCGGGACGGAUUACUGGCUGUACUCCCGGGCUCUGAUCUGCAACAGCACGGCCAACGUCACGCAGGAUGACCCCCACAACAAGGACAAGAAGGACCCCGGGGCCCUCACACACUCGGGCCUGUGGAGGAUCUGCUGCCUGGAGGGAGUGAAGAGAGGGGUGUGUUCACAGAUUAACCACUUCCCGGAGGACGCUGACUUCGACCACGAUGGAGCCGAAUACGUCCUGCGGGUGGUUAGAGCCUCGAACAUCUUCCCCAUCCUCAGUGCCAUCCUGCUGCUGAUGGGCGGAGUCUGUAUCGCUGCCAGUCGUUUCUACAAGAGUAAAAGGAAUAUCAUACUGGGGGCUGGCAUCCUGUUCGUAGCUGCAGGUCUGAGCAACAUCAUCGGCGUUAUUGUGUACAUCUCUGCAGCGCUGGGCGACAUCUCCCCGAAGAAAGACGAGGAUAAGAAGUGGCAGUACUCGUACGGGUGGUCCUUCUACUUCGGAGGUCUGUCCUUCAUCCUGGCCGAGAUGGUGGGCGUGCUGGCUGUGAACAUCUACAUCGAGAAGAACAAGGAGCUGCGCUGCCGCUCUCGCACCGACAUCUUUAAGAGCACCACUCACGCCAUGCUGCGGUUGCCUAGCUACCGAUUCCGCCGUCGCUCGCGCUCCAGCUCUCGCUCCACGGACCCGUCCCGCUCUCGCGACCCCUCUCCGGUGGGCGGUCCACCGGGGAGCAAGAACUUCGGCCUGCCGCCCUCGGCCCUCCUGAGCCAGGGGCCGGUCUCCGUUUCUACUCUUCCCAACCCGCACUCUCGCUCGGUUCUGCCAGGGGGCGACAUUUCACUCUACACGCUUUCUCGGGACCCCAAGCUGGUCAGCGGCCCCCCUCCUCUCUACGGGACGGUGGACCGGGCCACUCUCUACCAGCUGCACAACUGCUUUCCUAAAGAGGGCGGAGGAGGGGGCGGGAUGAUGAUGAGCGGGACGCUGCCCUCGCUGAAGUCCCACAACCCGGCGUCGGGCGGUCAGAAUUCGUCCAGCGCAGGGAAUUCGGUCCCGCCCUCGCAACCGCCUCCGCCUUUCUCCGCCUCCACCGUGGAGAGGGAGCGGGGCAUGGGGACGCUGGACCGGCUGGGCAAAGCCGAGAGCAACUCCAACACUCUGAACCGGAAAACCACGCCGGUUUAAACACGAGAGAGAGGGAGGAGGAGGAGGAAAAACGGGAAGAGGCGGGAUCCUUCAGGGAAUCGGAGGGAACGACCUGCAGGGAAAACGAAGGAUACGCUCCUUUUUUCUUCCUGUCCUGAAAGAUGUUUUGUUUGGAUAAAGCUCGAGCAGAAGAUAAAAGAAUCCAAGCUGCUCAUUUAAAACAACAACAACAUCCCUUAAAUUUUGCGUUUUAUUAUUUUGUUACUGACAUUUUGUAGCAUUUUUAUUAUUUAUUAUUUAAUUCAACAAUAAUCAUUGGAUACUGUGAAGUUUACUCGUUUUUUUUUUUUUUUUUUUUUUUUUUUUUUGCUUUUAUUGAAAUUUAAAUGGAGUGAGAUUACAUUCCUAACAGGGUGGUUGUUGUUGUUCUGAUGAAGCUAAACAACUGCUAGCUCUUUAACAAUUUCUUUAAUUUCUUUUUAGUUUGAUUUUUCGAAGACUUCAACUGUGAUUCCUCUAUGGACACUGGCCACUGCAGAAGCAUGAGUGUCUGUAAUAUGUGUAAGAAUGAGAAAAUUAUUAUUAUUAUUAUAAAUAUUAUUAUUAUUAUUAUUAUUAGCUUUACAGGGAGCAUCCAUUUUUUUAUUAUUAGAUUUAGUUGAUUUCUUUUCUACCCUUUGAUAACAUACAUUAUAGUAUUUUAGUGUUAAUUCUGUAUAUCGUCUUCCAGUUCUGUCGACAGAAGAAUAUAUUAGUCAGUGAUGGACUUAUGAUGAAAACUAAUGACCAAGUGUUUGAAAAAAUGAUUUUUUUAUAUGAAUCUGCCAUGGUAUUAUUUUUGUUAUGAUUAUCAUUGGUAGCAGUAGACGUAGCAGUAGUCUUAUCGAUUAUUGAUAAUCUCUUUUUGGGGGGGCAUUACCUAAAAAAAUAUAUUUGUACAAACAAAAAAAACUAAAAAUAGAGUAGCAAAAUCUGUACAAAUAAUCCUAUCCAAAACUGUGUUUUCCAAAGGAUGGAGGUAGAGUUACGAAAAUAAAAUGAUUAAAUAAAUAAAUAAAUAAAUAAUAAUCAUACACGGAGGUGGAUGUAGCGUGGGAGUGGGAGAAUCAUAACAAAAUGCCAAUGUAUAUUGUAAUUAUGCAGAAUUAUAUUUGAGAAAAAAAAUCUAUAUAUAUAGAAAGAGAGAAAGAGAUACUUUCUUUAAAGUCUGUAGCAAACGGGUUCGGGGAGGGGCCUUCAUUAAAAAAGGUGGGGCUGAAAUGGUGGGAGGGGCAUUUGUAUGCAUAUAUAUAUGUGUGUGUGUAUAUAUAUUAACAUACAUACACAUAUAUGUAUGUAUGUACGUUUAUAAAUAAAUAUGUUUAUAUGUAUGUGUAUGUGUGUGCAUAUAUACACUGAACAAGAAUUCAGAACAUUAUUUCUACUAUUACGACUCCGGAAGAAAUGUUGUCAGUUGCACGAUUUAAUGUUUUAACAUAUUUAGCAAAACAAAGAUACAUAUAUGAAGAGGUUAUAAUGAAACAGUCUUCUAGUAGAGUCUUUGGCGUAGGCCCCGCCAUCGGCCCAGGACUUGAUACAUCUGGGCUCUGCAGAUCCUGUCGUACAUUGGAGACAGGGGCGGAGCCAACCCCCGGGCAACCAAACGGGACCAACCUGGAGGCGGUGGGGAAGGAGGAGGGUAAGAACGACCAUCAGCGUCUGAAAGGCAGCAAAGGUACUGAAUGAGUGAUCUUAUUUAAAGGCAGAGGGAACAGCUGAUUGGAUAGGUAAUUAGGUGACGUAGCAUUGGAGUCUUUAGUAGAACUUUCGCUGCGCUUUCAUGACCACCUCCUCGUUUCUACAGCCGUUAUCCAUAAUAUAUUUUCUUUUUUUAUCAACUCCACUUAUCGUAUAGGACACAGUGUAGUUGUAGUCCUGGUUCAGUUUCUCUGUAUACUUUAUUUUUAUCCUUUUUUCACCCUGUUCUUUAAUACUCAGGACCCUAAAGGAUAGAAAACCAACACAGAGCAGAUAUAAGUAAUAUUUGGGUGGUGGGACGUUUAUUCUCAGCACUGCAGUGAUUAGCAUGGUGGUGGUGUAUGAGGUGUUAGUGUGUGUUGUGCUGGUAUAAGUGGAUCAGAUACAGCAGUGCUGCUGGAGUUCUUAAACAGCUCAGAGUCCUGCGGGAAGAGUCCUGGGGGCAGAUGCCUGUGGUCAGAGUCCUGGGGCCAGAGGCCUGUGGUCAGAGUCCUGUGGACAGUGUCCUGGGGUAACAUCCUAUGGUCAAAGUCCUGGGGGCAGCGCCCUGUGGUCAGAGUCCUGUGGGCAGAGGCCUGUAGACAGCUUACUAUGGUCAGAUGCCUGUGGGCAGAGGCCUGUAAACAGCUUAUUAUGGUCAGAGUCCUGUGAGCAGCCUCCUGUGGGCAACAUCCUGUGGUCAGAGUCCUGUGGGCAGCAUCCUUUUGUCAGAUUUCUGUUGUCAGAAUCCUGUGGGCAACAUCCUGUGGUCAGAGUCCUGUGGGCAGCAUCCUUUUGUCAGAUUUCUGUUGUCAGAAUCCUGUGAUCAGAGUCCUGUUGGCAGGAUCCUUUGGUCAGAUUCCUUUUGUCAGAGUCCUGUGAGCAGCAUCCUUUGGUCAGAGUCCUGUGAGCAGCAUCCUUUGGUCAGAGUCUGGUGGGCAGUGUCCUGUGGGCAGAGUCUUGUGGACAACAUCCUUUGUUUAUAAUCCAGUGGGCAGUGUCCUGUGGGCAGAGUCCUGUAGGCAACAUCCUAUUAGUCAGUCCUGUAGUCAGACUCCUGUUGUCAGAGUCUUGUGGGCAGCAUCCUUUUGUCAAAUUUCUGUUGUCAGAGUCCUGUGAUCAGAGUCCUGUGGGCAGCAUCCUUUGGUCAGAUUCCUUAGGUCAGAGUCCUGUGGGCAGCAUCCUUUGGUCAGAGUCCUGUGGGCAGCAUCCUUUGGUCAGAUUCCUUAGGUCAGAGUCCUGUGGGCAGCAUCCUUUGGUCAGAGUCCUGUGGGCAGCAUCCUUUGGUCAGAUUCCUUAGGUCAGAGUCCUGUGGGCAGCAUCCUUUGGUCAGAGUCCGGUGGGCAGUGUCCUGUGGGCAGAGUCCUGUAGACAACAUCCUUUGGUUAGAUUCCUGGGGGCAGUGUACAGUGGGCAGUGUCCUGUGGGCAACAUCCUUUGGUCAGACUCCUGUUGUCAGAGUCCUGUGGGCAGCUUUCUUUUGUCAGAUUUCUGUUGUCAGAGUCCUGUGAUCAGAAUCCUGUGGGCAGCAUCCUUUGGUCAGAAUCCUAUUGUCAGAGUCCUGUGGGCAGUAUCCUUUGGUCAGAGCCCUGUGAGCAGCAUCCUUUGGUCAGAGUCCGGUGGGCAAUGUCCUGUGGUUAGAUUCCUGGGGGCAUUGUGCUGUGGGCAGCAUCCUUUUGUCAGAUUUCUGUUGUCAGAGUCCUGUGGGCAGAGGCCUGUGAUCAGGGUCCUGUGGGCAAUGUCCUGUGAUCAGAGACCAGGGGGCAGAGUCCUGUGGACAUUGUCCUGUGGUCAGAGUCCUGUGGGCAGCAUCCUUUGGUCAGAGUCCGGUGGGCAGUGUCCUGUGGGCAGAGUCUUGUGGAUUGUGCCCUGGGGCAGUGGCCUGUGGGCAACUGCUCUUAGCUAACAAUAUAUUUGGCUAGUAGAACGUUUAAUUAACGUUACAGUUAACAAUCAUUAGAACAUUCUGGUAACAUCUCUGCAACGCCAAGUGUGUCAAUAUUUUAGUUUUUGUUUUAGGAAUGUCACUUUUCUUCUUUCCGUAAUGUUUUCAGAACGUUCCUGGAACAUUAUUUAUUGUAAUGUUACAAGCUAACCUUCCUGGAACCUUUUCAAUAGGUUGUUAAAUGUUUUUAGAAUGUUCCCUGUUAGCUGAGUGACUGGAAACAGUGUUUAAAAACUCCAGCAGCACUGCUGUAUCUGAGCCACUUAUACCAUUAGCACAACACACACUAACACCCCAUACACCACCACCAUGCUACUCAGUGCUAAUCAAUGCAGUGCUGAGAAAAAUUAUCCAUCACCCAAAAAAUAAUAAUAUCUGCGCUGUGGUGGUCUAUCCUGAGGGUCCUAAGUAUUAAAGAACAUGUCAAAGAAGGAUAAUAAUAAAGUAUACAGGAAGUGUACGGAAAAAACAAACAAGAGGACUACAAUCCUUUGUAUAGAAACAAAAGGUGUGAAGGUGGUCAUAAUGUUCUGUUUGAUCUGUGUAUAUACUCGAGCACAUACACACACACACAUUAGGACACUGUCUUCCUCUAAAGCCCUGAUUGGGUUAGCCGUAUGUGUGUGUUGGGGGCAUGCCCUGUGUGAUUUGUAGUUUUCUUCUACCCUUGUGUCACAUGACCAUGCCAGCAUUUUCAUGGCGAUGCUUCCACAAUGAAAAAAAAAGAACAAAAACACAGAAACAGAACUUUCACUGUGCUGCACCUGAUCCCAUUCGACCUUUAACCUUUCUGCUUCUUCCAAUCAGAGACUGGAGAGCGUUCAGCUGGAACACCAAGCCACACCCCCCUUUCUAGCCCACACGGGGUCAACACAGGACACUGUACACUAUGGAGCCAUCAGCACACACACACACAAACACAAAUGAUUGCAACUGGAAUAUUUUUUUUCUCUCUUUUUUUUGUAAACUGGUCAAGAACAUGCAAAAACGCGGCACACGGACUGCAUUCAUGUGGGCGACUCUAAUACUCUGUAGUGGGAGUAGAUAUAUACAAAUACCAGAAGAAGAAGAAGAAGAAGAAUAUGGUUUAUCUAAAUGUGUGAUAAACUCAAACACUGUAUUGCACGAAUUUUAUAAUAUAAAAAUGAAGAAAGCC